CCGCGCGUAAUAUAACGUACAACAUGGUAUUCCCCCUUCCAGUAAAGUUCGACGCUUCAGCAAGUUGCAUUCAGUGCUCGAUCGCCACAAACACGUGCAAAGAGUGGUGCAUUUUUCACUUAAAUCGAUGGUAAUCGAGUCUAAUUAGUUCAAACACAGCAGCACUUCACAAAAUGGCGGACAAAAUUCCAAAUGGCACCACAACCGAAAUGGAAACAUUUCUCCCAAAAGACGAAUCGUCAAUCAACGGAAAUGUGACAACGUACAAAGUAACAAAAGACAACGAUUUAGAAGCCGCAAAUGCCGACUUUGACCCGUUCAAAACCCGGGUGCUGGAUCACCCAGUUUCAAACUGUGAUACUUUGACCCAUCUCCUUAAAGCUUCACUAGGCACAGGAAUUUUAUCAAUGCCGGCAGCUUUCAAAGCCUCGGGACUUGUUCUAGGGAUUUUUGCCACAAUAGUAGUGUCCAUAAUUUGCACACACUGUGCUUACAUCCUCGUGGCUUCGGCACACGAGUUGUACAAAAAAACCGGUAAACCGGCGAUGAGUUUUGCCGAAGUUGCGGAACAAGCAUGUCUUAGAGGCCCAAAGUGGGCGAGGAAAUUUGCAUGGGUGGCACGCCUGACUGUGUUAUGGGGAAUUUUCGCGACUUAUUUUGCCACCUGUAGUUGCUACACUGUGAUCAUUGCGAAGAAUUUUCUCUACGUUACGGAACACUACUGGGGGGAGAAUUCAGUGAAUAUUAGGGCGGCUAUUGCCUUGCUGUUGGUACCCCUGAUUUUGUUGGCUUUUGUGCCGAAUUUGAAAUACUUGGCGCCGGUUUCCAUGGUUGCCAAUGGUUGUAUGGCUGUGGGAUUGGGCAUUACGUUUUAUUAUCUUGUUCAGGGGAUUCCCUCGUUCACUGAACGGCCGGCUGUGGUCGAUAUAACCACGUUGCCGGUUUGUAUAAGUGUUGUGAUUUUUGCUAUUGAGGCUAUUGGUGUUGUUAUGCCAUUGGAGAAUAAUAUGAGUACACCGAGGAGUUUUGUUGGGAUUUGUGGCGUUUUGAACCAAGGGAUGAGUUUUGUGACGCUGGUUUACAUCAUUUUGGGAUUUUUUGGGUAUUUGAAGUAUGGGGAAGAGACCAAGGAUUCCAUCACUUAUAAUCUACCAAGAGAGGCAAUAGCCGCCCAAGCUGUGAACGUCCUCGUCGGAAUCGCCGUCUUCUGCACCUACGGCCUCCAAUUCUACGUCUGUCUCGACAUCGCCUGGUCCCAAAUGAAAGACAAAUUCGUAAAACGCGAAACUUUGGCCAAUUACGGCCUCCGUACAGUUCUUGUAACUUUGAGCGUUUUAAUCGCAGUUGCUGUACCAACAAUUAUACCAUUCGUAUCUCUAAUUGGAGCUUUCUGUUUCUCAAUUCUGGGCUUAAUGUGCCCAGUUUUCAUCGAAGUGCUCACAUUUUGGGACAAAGGUUUUGGCAAAGGCAAUUGGAAAAUCGUCAAAAACGUGAUUAUUGUACUCACAGGGUGUUUAGCGCUGAUUUUCGGCUCGAAGUCGGCCAUUCAGGAUAUAAUCAAGUUGUUUUAUUAGCGUGUAAUUGAACAAGACCAAAAAUUUUUAGUACUUUUUUGACCGUUUCGUAGAUAGGUUAUUUAUUUAUUGGAGCGAGACAAUUCUAUUGGUAAAUUGUUGUUGAAGUAUUAUUUUUACGUCCACUUGUACAAAAAAAAUUGGCUUGGUUUUACACAAAAAAUUACUCAGUGUUUUACAUUCCAACUGUAAUUUCGAAAUUCGGGACAAUUAAUUUACCAAUAAAUGACUGUAAAAAGUAUUUAUUUAUUUAAGCACAAUCAACAUUAUCUGCAAUUAUUUUAAGUGUUUAAAUAGGCAAUGGAAUAGUAUUUGUAUAUUUUGUUCCGCGAUAUGAACAAGAAAUCGGAAAAUAACAUCAAGUAUUUGAUGGAUGUUGAGCUUUUAGCAGGAUGAAAGUUGUAAAUGUACAUAAAACUGUGUGUUUGUUUUAUAAUUUUUGACAAAAACUGUGUAUUUUUAAAGAAAAAUAAAUAUAAUUUCGAUAAGAACAA